GCAAACUUAACAAUUUAUUUUAUUUUAAUUUAAUUGAACAAAAAAAUUGACUUUGUAAAGAAACAGUCUCGUUAAAUACAGAAUAUCUACCCUCAUUCAGUUUCACAUACACUUUUGCAAUCUCUAUCCAUAGCAGUUAUUGCGUUUCAUUAUGGCACAAGAAGGAUCAUCCUCUUCUUCAAUAUCCAAAUACACUUACGAUGUGUUUCUUAGUUUUCGAGGUGAAGAUACUCGUUAUGGUUUCACUGGUAAUCUGUACAGUGCUUUGAGUCAAAGGGGAAUCUUUACCUUCAUAGACGAUGAGGCUCUACCAAAAGGCCAAGAAAUCACACCUUCUCUCCGCAAAGCAAUACAAGAAUCGAGGAUGUCCAUCGUUAUUUUUUCCAAAAACUAUGCCACCUCAACUUUUUGUUUGAAUGAGCUUGUCCAGAUCCUUGAGUGUUACACGAAACAAAACAUGUGGAUUUUGCCAGUGUUUUAUGAUGUUGAUCCAUCACACGUGCGACAUCAAAAAGGGAGUUACGAAGAUGCGUUUGCACAGCACGAACGUGGAAGAUUCAAAGAUGAUAUUCAGUUGCUGCAAAAAUGGAAGUUGGCUUUGAGUCAAGCUGCUGAUUUGUCUGGUUUGCACUUCAAAAUUGGUGAUGAAUAUGAGUCUGAAUUAAUUAAAAAGAUCACAGAAGAGAUCUCUAGUAAGCUUAAUCGACCUGCCUUACAUAUUGCUGAUUAUCCUGUUGGAUUGAGUGCUCGGAUGCGACAAAUAAGAAAGCUUAUAGGUGCUGAGUUUGAUAACAAAGUGACCAUGAUUGGGAUUCAUGGAAUGGGAGGGAUAGGAAAAUCAACUCUUGCACGUGCCAUGUAUAAUUUGAUGGCACAUCAAUUUGAAGCUUCUUACUUUCUUGCGAAUGUUAGAGAAAAAUCAGUUCAGGAUGGCCUAGUGCAUAUCCAACAGAAUAUGCUUUCUGAGUUAGUCAGUGAAAGAAAUAUCAAGCUGGGAGAUGUGUAUCAAGGAAUUCCAAUACUACAACAAAGACUUUGUCGUAAAAAGGUCCUUCUUGUUCUUGAUGAUAUUAACAAAAAAGAACAAUUGCAAGCAACUGCUGGAGGCCUUGAUUGGUUUGGUUUAGGCAGCAUCAUCAUUAUAACAACAAGGGAUAAGCAUUUGUUAGAUAUUCAUGGAAUUGAAAAACAAUAUGAGGUUAAUGAAUUUAAUGAUGUUGAAGCUCUUGAAUUAUUUAGGUGGAAUGCUUUCAAAAACCAAAAAGUUGAUUCAGAUUAUGAGGAAAUUAUAAAGCGUGCAAUACAUUAUGCCGAUGGUCUUCCACUAGCUUUGGAAACAAUAGGCUCAAAUUGUUUCGGUAAAACAUUAGAUGAAUGGAAAUCUGCAUUAGAAGCAUAUGAGGGAAUUACAGACAGGAAUGUUCAGGAAAUUCUUAGGAUUAGUUAUGAUAGUUUGGAUGCUAAUGAAAAGGAAAUAUUUCUUGACAUAGCUUGCUUCUUCAAAGGAUGCACUCUAAGAUAUGUUACAUAUAUGCUUGAGGCAAGAGGUUUUCAUCCAAAAUAUGGUAUCAGAGUGCUGGAAGAAAAAUCUCUCAUUAAAAUUUGUAGAUGUCAUGAACAUGUGAUAAUGCAUGAUUUGAUUCAAUCUAUGGGAAGGGAAAUAGUUAAACAACAAUCAAAUUUGCCUAAAAAACGGAAUAGGUUAUGGUUUUAUGAGGACAUUGUUCGCGUUUUGGAGAAAAACACAGAAAAUGAUGAAAUUGAAGCCAUUAUGUUGGAUGUGCCACAAGACCAGGAAGUGCAGUGGAAUCAAAAGGUGUUUGGAAAAUUGAAAAACCUACAGAUGAUAUUGAUCAAAAAGAAUAAUGGCUUUCUUAGAAGCUUUAAAGAUCUCCCUAACAACUUGAGAGUGCUCGAAUGGUGUAGAUAUCCUGCAGCCACUUUACCAUCUAAUUUUCAUUUGAAGAAUCUUGUCGUACUCAACUUGUCAUAUAGUAAAUUUGGAUGGGAGAAACCAUUUGAGGCAUGUACAAUUAAUUAUAAGUGACGUUGCACUGAUUUAAGUUUUGGUUAAGCACACUACACUAGACUCUUCAAACUAUUUAUGUAGAUUUGUUAUUUUGCAGAAUUCAAACAUAUUGAGACACUUGGUUCUUAGAGGUUGUGAGAACAUAAGACGAAUUCCAAACAUGUCUGGCUUCCCCAAUUUGAUAGAAUUGGUAGUUGGUGAAUGCACAAAUUUGAUUGAGAUUCAUGAUUCGGUUGGAUUGUUACAUAAUCUUCAAAGGUUUUGUGCCGAAGGAUGUACCAAGCUAAUGUUUGGUCCUCGUGGAAUAAAGUUGACCGCUUUAGAACAGCUUUGCCUUCGUGACUGCAGCAGUCUUGUCAUGUUUCCAGAAAUAUUGGCACCAAUGCACAAGCUAAAAUAUGUUGACUUAGAAGGAACUUCCAUAAAUAAUUUACCACUUUCAAUGCAAAAUCUUAAAGGCCUUCAAAAUUUAUCCCUAGGGACAUGCAAAAUGCUUGAUAGGUUUGAUGCAUUCAAAUUCUUUCAAAUGCUGCCAGUGUUGUUUCCCAAUUUGACAAAGCUAUAUUUAAAAUACUCAAAUUUGACGAUCCUUCCUACGUGCAUUGAAGAAUGUCAAUCCUUGAAGAUUCUACAUGUGUCUAACUGCAAGAAGCUUCAAGAAAUUAGAGGACUUCCAUCGAGCGUAACUGAGUUCUUCGCGGCAAAUACUUUAGUGGAAGUCGAGUCUUUCAACAAUUUACUCAGACGGGUCAGACUCUCCUUUAAUUCUCUCUAUAAUAAUUUACGUUGUUUUCCAAACUUACCAUGACAUGUUUAACAGGCAAUUGAUACUACUUCAAUAAGAAUCUCUGUUCAGCCAGGUCAACGGAUCCCAAAAUGGUUUGACCACUCUACCGGGGGAAACUCUCUACGUUUCUGGUUUCGAAAUGAAUUGCCCUCUCUUGCGGUCUGUGUUGUUAUUGGAGUUUGGGAUAAUGUCAAACCUCCUUUCUUUGCGAACUUCAAUUUCUUUGUUAAAAUCAAGGGUAUUUAUACAUGUGUUUCUUGUUUUCGUUGUGGUAAUAUAAUUUGGAUAUCUGAAGAUAGUCAUAUAAUUAUACUCAACCGUCAAAAUGAUUUUCAACAUCCAAUGCAACCCCAUGUUAAAAGAGCGCUUGAGAAGAAUAAGUGGAUUUGUGGGGAAGUGUCAUUACAGAUAGCACCAGAGAAAGAUCCAGAUAACUUGGGAGUAAUCAAAUGGACUGGAGUUUAUGUAAAACGGGCAUUUAGUAGAUUGGACAAUAUUCGGUUCACUAAUCCAAAUUCCAAUAAUACAAGUGAUGUGGGAAAUAAGCUUGUGUUGCUUGGUGAGGCACCUUGUAUGCAACAACAACAACCUUUGAAUUAUGUGUAUAGUAAUUCAGAUCCACAAGAACCAGCACAUGACCAAGAUGGAGCAUUUUUGGGUCAUCAAGGUAUGGCUCCAAGUUUUGUUGAGACCCAAAGAGAAAUGGGAACACUGGUAUCAGAAGAUUCAAGGGAAUUCACUAAUCAGAGUAGCGAUUUCACUAUUGAGUCCACAACAUCCAAGUUGCAUAAAGAUGAUGAAGUGGAAGCAGGUUUGGAAACUAAGAAGAGCAAGUUCAGCAAAGCUAUGGACUUGGACAAUGAGAUACACCAAAAGCUAAGCAUGAUUAAGAAAAGAAAGAGGAUUUAGGAGAGCAACUCAGUGCUAUUAAAGCUAACAUCUCUGUCAUUGAAGCUAGCAUAUCUUCCAUUCGAGAAAGCUAACAUGUCUACUCCUCAAUCAGAAAGGAAUAUGGAUCGUAAGACAAAAAACAAUAUCAGUGAGCAAGAAAACACAGACAUUAAUCAAUGCUGAAUUGUCAAAAACCUGAGAAAUUGUUAGAAGAUUGCUGCAGACUUAUAGCUUCAAUUUAGAGGAACAUUUAAGUGGAAGCACAGACAAAGGAAACCGUACGCACUACAACACAAAUGGUAUUUAGCAAUAUUUAAAAAAUGUUACUUAAUUAUGUAUAAAUGUGACUAAUUUAUUUUAGUAACAUAUUAUCAAAUGUUGUAU